AUGAAAAAAGAUAAAGAGAUCGUUCUGGAAUUGGAAAGUCAAAUAAGAGAUAUAAACCAGCAGUUUCUGGAGCAGAUCAGAUCCUUGGACCAACGCGUUGACAUACAUCAGUGCCUUGUCUGGGAGAUGCAAGAUUAUUAUAAGAGGAAAAUAGAAGGCGAAUAUGCCAAGAAUUUAGAAAAGUUGUCCAAGCAGAUUAACUUGAGGCACAAAGAUAAUAAACAAAAGAGAGAAUGUUGGAAUGGCUAUACAACAUGCACAGCCUGGCAAGGGUUGAUUGCCAGUACUAAACAAAAUGGUAAAGAUAAUGCAUCGUUAUGCGAGAUUGUCAAUAAUCUAAUAGUCAACAGAUUGUUUGAAGUUAGUGAAGACAUACAGAGGAUCUAUAAGAAGUGUAUGAAGACCUACCAUUUGUACCACGGUGAGAGUCAGGUAGCUGAGAACAAGUUAUUGAGAGUUCAAAGUCAAAAGGUCAAGGUCGAUCAGCAAAAUCUGCUUGCUAAGAAGUUUGUCAACUAUGAGAAGAAGUCUGAAAAGAAACAAGCCAAGUACACGGAGAACAAAUUGAAAGCCAUGAAGGCCCGUAACGAGUACCUCAUUCUCUUAGAAGUUGCAAACGCCCUAGUGAAAAAAUACUUCACAGAAGACUUCCCAUGCCUAGUCACAAAACUGGACACUGGCUACCACCAAAUGAUCAACAGAGUAUUAGAGACACACUCGAUAGCUGAGAGAAUUUUAGCAGAAAGAGACCUAGAAAGAGCCAAAGAACUGUUCUCCAGGGCCAAAAUGAUAGACGGACUCGGAGAUUUUGAGAACGUGAAAUCUCUGGAGAUGGCGGAAGAGAAAUUCCUGGAGAAACUUAGGGGGGUCCAGUCGACGAACACUAACAACACCAUAGAACAAUAUUUCCUGGACGAUAAAUCCACUAGCAACAGAUCCCCCACUACUGAGAAAUCCAAAGAGGAUAAAAUUAAAUUGGAAGAUUAUGUUAUCGAGCUAUAUAGAGAUUGCUUGAGCAAGGAUUGCCUGAUAGUUAGACUGAAGACGAAGAUGGAUCUCUUGAAAAAUGCCGAUGGCGUGCCUCCAAAUGUACCACCGAAGCCGAAGAAGAAAUUUGCCAAAUCAACGAAGGGUAGUGGCAAGAGGCCAGCGAUGUUCGGAGGAGUCAUUGAAGAAUAUGUCGAGGCGACUGGUGAAGCAAUACCAGCCGUGAUGAAGAGUUGUAUCAGCUACAUCAAUCUUCACGGAGAAGAUCCUUUGCAAUACAAAACUGACGGCGAUGAAGUCAAUGCUGUAGCAGGUCUGCUGAAGAUGUACCUGAGAGAUUUGAAGGAGCCGCUGUUCACAUUCGGCCAGUACGACAACCUCAUAAGGUGCAGUGAGGCCGUUUAUUCGGAUAGCGUCGGCUGGAUGGAAACGAUGAAAGAGAUUUUAAAGUCGCUAUCAGCACAAAGAAUUACCAUUAUGAGAUACCUGUUCGAGUUUCUUAGCCAUGUUACGGAGCAUAGUGAUGAGAACAUGAUGGAGGCAUACAACCUGAGUAUAUGUUUCGGGCCCACACUUAUAUACGCUCCAGCUGACAGAGUCGACCAACAUCAGUAUCAAGGCCACAUAAAUAACUUGGUAAAGAAUAUAAUAUUGCACCACGAGGAGAUAUUUCCACCCCCCACUGAGGAAGAUUACCAGAAUGAAGCGGUCUAUGAGAAGUAUAUCAGUGAUAAGGAUUAUUUGGAUAGUAUUUCGGAUGAUGAUGGACUGAAGGACACGCUGAACGAAGAAGAUGAAGAAUUCGAUAAGAGAGAGGCGAAAGUAGAAGAAGAUUACGUAGGCCAGUCCAGUAGAGAGUUGACCGUCAGUAAGGGAGACGUGGUUCAACUGCUCAGUAAGGAAAGUUCAGAUUGGUGGCUGGUCGAGAUUGGUGGCAGCGUUGGUGUGCUGCCUGAUAGGGUGCUAUCUUAUGGGAGAGGUACUUUGAACAAAUUGAAGAGAUCGAACCUCAACAAGUCAACUGAAUGCCUCAUAUCAAGCGCUUACAGCCAAUCUAAUUCAAGCUUGAACAAAUGCCCUUCCCAAUCUAACUUACUGGCUCCAGCUUCUGAAUCUACUGGCCAAUCGGGUAACAGAAGUUUCAAAGCUAACAAGCAAGCCAUCCAAUCAUCCAACGACGUCUUAUCCACUGGACUUGAUAAUGUUAUGGCUAAGCCACCUGGUGUGUCAGCCCCACCUUCUUCACGAAAUUCUUUUGGCAGUACUCAGAAGCCAGUUGUCUUCAAGAAGCGAAACACGUCAUCAUCAUCGGAACUUGACGUCAUCGUGUCACCUCCGUCCCCACGAAGUAGUGGUACCUUCCCUACUCCACCACCCAUCUUUUCGGAUAACAAUCCCAUCCUAGGUAAGACAGGAUCUCCUGUUAUCCUCAAGAAGCCAAACAUCAUUUCUGCUGCAGCUGCAGCAAAUGCGUUAGCUUCUGCUUCAAUUGUUUCUGGAAGAUCCGGCAGUGAACGCAUCAGUGGAAGUAGCGGUGGUGGUUCUACUGCCAAGUGGAAUUCCCUGCCUCACAACAUUCCAACAUCCGAGUCGUCCACCUCUGUCAGUCCGCAGCGUCAGCAACCACAAGCCAUCAACGCUACGUUACCAGCUGCAGGAUCGAGAAGCAAGUCUCCACUGGGUUCAACUAUCAGUCUCAAUGCCAACUCAUUUCUGCAGCAGUCUCAGCAACAGUCUCAGCAACACUUCACUGCAUCUGCCACUGCAGCUGUUGGCCAACCAGACACAUCACCAUCCGCUUCGGCGACGUUACCGAGAUUGGCAGACAGGCAAGCAAAUACAGCAACACCGCCUGCCAUCAGAGCCAAGCCCGUCUUCAAAAAGAGAAUCUCUGUCGAGAAUUCACUUUCAACAACGACUAUUACGACAACAACGACGCCGCCAACCGUAACAAAUGUUGAGACCACACCUCAGCAGCAGCAACAACAAAAACAAGCAACUUCAACAGCAACAACUGUAGUAACAGUUGCAACAACAUCAACAGUUGCAACAGCAUCAACUUCGAAAACAUCUCAAAUUUCAAAACCACCAAUUGCUGAUAACUUAGUGGCUGGCUCUACUUUCCUGGCACAUCUUGAUGUCAACGCUUCCCAUCGCAAUCAGCAGCAGCAGCAACCUUCAAAGUCCAAUGAAAGAGAUGGAUUUUCUAGCUUUAAGAUAUCUUCAAAUAUUAAAAAGUCUUAAUUACUUUGCUACAAUUUUUUUUAAAUUAUGUUUUAACUGCUAGCAACUAACAAAAAUGAAUAACAAUAAUGUAAUUUAAAUGUUAAUGAUCGGUUUAUUAGUCAAUCAAUUGAUGGACCAAUCAAUAAAUCAAUCAACCAACAAACCAAUUGAACGAUAAGUUAAUUGAUUGAAAUAACUUGCCAUAACAUUUUAAUCAAUCAGUCAAUUAACCACCAAACUAUCAAUCAUUCAUUCAAACAGUCAAUCAAUCAAUCAUUCAUUCAAACAGUCAAUUAGUCAACCAAUCAUUUUUUGACUAACCUAUCGUCAAAUCAAUCUAUUUAUUAAUCAACAAUUUGUCUGUCAACUAAGUGGGUAAGGAUUUAUCGACUGACACACAGCACAACACUGCAAUAUAUAAUCAUGUGAUGCUUAUUUUUUGUAUGAGAUUACGAAAUUUUCGUUAUUAUUAUUAAUUUUCAGAAUAUAAAUUAUAAUAAUAUUUUAUGUGUAGUAAUAUAAGAAUAAUAAUAAUUAUUAUUCGAUUUAUUAUCAUUUACGUCCAAACAAUACUCUGGGACUUAUGUAAGUAUAAAUAUAUACUAUAGUUAUUCAUAUAUAUACUAUAGUUAAACAUAUAUAUAUAUGUAUGUCUAACAUAAUAUUCAUCUAUAUAAUUGUGCCUAUAUACAUAUAUUUAUAUAUAUAAAUGAUUAUUUUCAAAUAUUUUUAUAUUAGUUUUGAAGAAGAAAUGCUUGUGUUCACAAAAUGUUUGUUCGUUCGUGUUUAUUUGUUUAUAAAUAUGUAUGAAAUAUAUAUGAAUAUAAAUACACACACACACACACACACACAUAUAUAUAUAUAUAUAUAUAUAUAUAUAUGUAUGUGUGUAUGCAUUUAUUUCUAAGUAUUUUUCGAUUAGAUCCUCAAAUUAUUUUACAAAAAAAA